AUGAGGCUAGAAGAGGAGAAAGACCCACUUACAGGAAGCCAUAUCCAGCUUACAUUGAUUAGAUGUCUCGACCCCCAAGAAGAUGCUCAUGCUUCAUCAACCGAACAUAUAGGCAUAUUCUCUGUCCAGUGCAUAGCUAUAGAGAAUAAUCCCCUAUUGAAGCUUAGGCUUUUUGGGAAUUCCCUGUCUAGACAAGCUUUUAAUUGGUAUACCAAUUUACCAGGCAAUUCUAUCCAGACGUGGGAACAUAUGGAGAAUUCUUUCCACGACUAUUAUUUCAUAAUCCAGCCAGAAGUCACCAUGAGUGACCUUGCGGCUCUCAAACCAAGUAAGGACGAACCUGCCCAGGAUUUCAUCACCAGAAAGAGAUUCGAUGGAGUGGUGUUUGGAGACUUUGCAAAAUUGGCAGAUAAGGCCUCCAAGUAUGAAGAACUGCUAAGGGAAGAUCAGUAG